AUGCAAAAAGAAAAUGAAGGAAAACCACAGAACAUGCCAAAGGUGGAGGCACACUGCCCUUCAGAAGAUGUACCACAGGAGGCAGAGGGAAAUCCUCAGCCUUCUGAAGGUAUAAGCCAAGAAACAGGAAGCCUUAGAGGAGGGCUGACCCAACCUGGCCUGGGGUUUAAAGAGGACACUCCCAUGAGGCAUUUGGACCUUGAAGAAAUAAUAAGAGGCGUAGAUGAGUGGGAAAGGCUUAAGAAAGAGAUAAGAAGAGUAAGAAACAAGUUUGCGAUGAUGCAUUGGAAGCAAAGACAUUCAUGCAGCUGUUCUUAUCCUGUGUGUUCUAGACCGUAA